AAUCGUAAUGGAGUACCUGUUCAAAAUGAGAGAAAUCGGACAGAAAUAAUAAACAGACGUUUGGCGAAAAUUAAGUCUAAAUUAUAAUUGUUUUGGGUGUGAUUGCCUGAAGAGGUGAUUUUCGCCUCCCUAUUACUAUGACUAGUGCGGUCCCACUAGGAAAGAAGGCCGCAUUAUGCCGCUAUUUUAUCAAUACGGGUGCCUGUCUCUACGGGGACGAAUGUCAAUUUCUGCAUCCGAACCCCAAUUCGAUGCCAAAUUCGUUCCCCAACACACCGAACGGUGUUCCAGAAAAUCAAGGAAUGACAGAGAAUCUACCCAACAGUGGGGAUCAGUAUUUUAAUGCUACAUUUUGUUCAGUUCCAAAUUCUGUUCAAGAAUUCCAACAAUUUUCUGCUGGUCGUCCUAGACCAAGAUCUCGUAACAGUAUGCUAGGGUCUCUCUCCCAGAAUGCUAAGCCCUUUGUGCCAACAACUGGAGGCCCCAUGGAUCAGCAAGGUUUAGCCAAUGAUUUUGCUGCUUUAAAUUUGGCCCAAGCAGCAUCACUUCCAAAUAAGGUUCCAAAUGAUUUCUCGCCUAAAUCUGGUACUUUAUCCCAUAGUGCCAGUACACCAUCGUUCUCUUCAUAUUCCAUGAUGUCAACUGCCAGUACUAUCACUCCCACCAACCAUAUUAAUCAUAGUCUGAUCUACUCAUCCAAUGUGAGCCCGAGUCCAAGUCCAGGAAUAUCACCAACCAACUCGCCACUCAUGUUACGUCGUACAGCUUCACCAGUCACUCCACUUAGACAGACGACAAUCCCACAAAAAUCAUCAUCAGCUAACACUAUUCAGGAAAAUGUUGGUGGUACAACGUAUUUUUAUUCUCCAGAGGAUUUCUCUCCUCAACAUCAAGGAGUGGUUCUACCAAAUUUUACCAUGUAUCCCAGCAUACCACCCCACAUAGCCCACAUGAAGUUAAAAACUAACAUGCCUCAAUUCUUUAUGCCAGAUGAACUGAAACUGCAAAUAUUGAAUGAGCAUGCUUUAACAAUGGCCCAGAUUGAUCAGUCACAUAAUCCAGAGAUCCCAUCUGAAGUUGAUAAUUAUCAUAACAUGUUUCCACUGGAACCACCACCUGCUAAUCCUCUUCAAAAAUCAAACAUCUUUAGUUAUCCCACAUCCUGUUUUAAAGCUGUAAAUACGAAAGAUGGAUUGACUUACUGUCUACGUCGAGUUCAUGGAUUCCGAUUGGUUAAUACUAAAUGUAUGCCACUGAUUGACAUGUGGAAGAAAAUGUACCAUCCUAAUAUUGUCCAAUUACGAGAAGUUUUUACUACCAAAGUUUUCAGUGAUAAUUCCAUUGUAUUUGUGUUUGACUACUUCCCGGCUAGUGAGACUCUGAUGUCCAGACAUUUCAGCAAUAUGCCUGCCCCUGUCAAUGGUUAUAGUAGCCCAUUUAACGGGGAUACCUCCACAGCCAGACCCUAUAGUGCUACUAAUGUGUCUAUGAAUGGUGGUGCAUCUCAUCCAGGUCCAUCAUCAGGAAGUGGGUUAUUACCAGAAUCAUUGAUUUGGACAUACGUAGUUCAACUGAGUUCAGCUUUACGUGCUAUACAUGCUACAGGACUGGCAUGUCGAUCAUUGGAUCCAACCAAGAUUCUCAUCUACGGAAAAUCGAGGUUGCGAAUAAACUGUUUGGGAAUAGCAGAUGUCUUGAACUUUGAUAGUAACCAGGGCAACCCAAUGGCUGUCAUGCAGCACUAUCAGCAAAAGGAUCUGUACGCCCUGGGGAACAUAGUGUUAGCAUUAGCCUGUAAUUCUGUGAUGUCGCUGCAAAGAGAAAAUCUCCAGAAUGCGUUGGAUCUGGUUUCCAGGAACUAUUCUCCAGAUUUAAAGAACCUAAUCCUAUAUUUACUGACCAAUCAGAAUCGCCCUAGAAGUAUCAAUGAUGUCAUGCCUAUGAUAGGAGCAAGGUUUUUUACCCAACUGGAUGCUGCACAGCUGCGGGGGGACGUUGUUUACAACGAGCUUGCCAAGGAAGUUGAAAAUGGUCGUUUAUUCCGUUUGUUGUGCAAGUUUGGUACGAUUAACGAGAGACAAGAGUUUAGUUUGGAUCAGGCUUGGUCUGAAACUGGAGAUCGUUACAUCUUGAAGUUGUUCCGUGAUUAUCUCUUCCAUCAAGUAGAUGAAAAUGGAACUCCGUGGAUUGAUAUGGCUCAUAUUGUACAGUGUUUAAACAAGGUGGAUGCUGGUGUACCAGAGAAGAUAUGUUUGAUGUCCCGAGAUGAACAGAGUGUUAUUGUUGUCAGUUAUGCUGAAAUCAAGCGGUGUUUUGAGAGUUCGUUUAGUGAGUUGUUAAACGCGGGCCAUCAGGCGGCAUUUUCUUAGCAGCAGUGUUAUCUCCCUUGAUCUAUGACAACAAUUGUGUUCCGAAUAUAUUUUAUUGAGAGAGAACAUGGAUUAUCUACUCUUUGUUAAAGACUAAUUUGUUUUGUUUAUGAGUUAUUUCCCCUUGAUUUUGUGACUGAAUCAUGAUGUGUAUUGUAUGUAAAAGACUUUGUGAUCUGGACUUUUGUCGGCGAUAAACUGUGGUUUAAUGUGCCAUGAAGACUUGAUUAUUGAGUUUUUUUUGGUAAUUGUUAUAGCAGUGUUGGUGCUAUCUUGGAUAAAAUUGGAUAAAAGUAGCUAUACCUUUAUAUCAGGCAGCAGCAUCACGUUUGAAGAGCAAGUCAAGGUCAUUUGUUGACCCUGUAAGCAUUUCAAUAUCAGUAUAGAUAGAUAUCAUUUUUUAUCAUUUGGGAGGGUUUGUGAGAGUGAAUGAAUAAUCAAAAAAAAAAAAGAAAGAAGACCAAACUUUUUCUUGGAAUAGAAGACAAUUGAUUUUAUGAAAUAUUUUUGAUUCCAAGUCAAAUUUUAGAGAAAAAAAGGACCUUAGAACUAGUCUUAAAUCAUUCAUAUUUUCUACAUCAACGACCAUUCUAUUGAUGUUUUCAUCCAUAUUUUAAAACAAUAAAUAAACUUUCAAUUGAUCAUUUGGAAUAUUUUGUGUGAAACUCGGCAACAGACUGACUGUUUUAUUUACUUGGAGCCAUAAAUUCUAUUAAGUGUUCUAGCAAAUUGGUGAAUUAAAACUGUCAUCAUUUAUAUUAGAAAUGAGGCAGUUAUCAGUUAAAACAUCACUAUCAGCCUUUAAUUGUGUUAUCUGAUGUUGGUUUUAAUGAUAAAACCCUUAUGGGCUCAUCUCUGAUUUAUAUCUCAAAUGAAACUUUUUAUAAGUAUACUUGUGAUCAAAUAUAAAAUAUUGAUAUUAUUUAAGCUAUUGAAUAUUUUAUAAAAUAGCAGAGAACUGUAUGACUUGACGACUGGUUUCGUCUUACUUACAAACAAAAUUUCAUUAGAUUAUUUAUUCAGCCAGUUUUUGGAUUUCUACAUCUUUUUAACCUUCAAGUUUCAAAUAUUGUCCAAAUAUUUUUAAAAUGCCAAAUUUCUGAAGCAAUACAUGCUCUUAUAAUCAUUAUCAACUGAACAUUUUUAGUCAUGAAUACGCAGACGAUUUUAACAUGUUCAUUUGUUAUUAAAUCUACAUCAUUAUUUUUCAUGGACAACAAAGACAAAAGGGAUUUAAAUGUAUUGUUAGGAACUUUCCAUAGGGAUGUAGAUGGCGAAAUGUCUAAAUUUACUGAUCAUAUUAUAAGGUACCAGCGAAUCUUACCCAAUGGACGGGACAAUACGUUGAUUGAUUCAUAAAGUGUUCUAAAAAUACUGUUACAUGUAUCUGCAUCCCUGUAUUUGUGUCUUCAGUAAUACACAAAUUUAAAAAAUAAAAACAGAAAAUAAUGUCCUGAAUGUUUUGCUGUAGUGGUUGUCAGUAAGUUUAUUGGAGAGUAAAGUUGAUGCAGAUGCUACCCCUCAUCCCUUCCCCCCUUCCCCAUUUUCUUCCUUAUCACUCAUACAUUUGUUAUUACAUUUAAACAUUACCAGACUUGAGAACGAAUGCUAGUCAUUUAUUUUUACACCCCUUUGAAAAAAUGGAUUGACCCAAAGCAGUUUAUGAUUUCAGUAUUGAAUGAGGAACAGUCUACCAUGAAUCAAAGGGGGGUAUUUAAGAUUUGACAUACUCUUAUUACCAGGUCUGAACAUUAUUGUUGGUAUAAUGUAUAUUAUUCAUGUUUUUGUAAAUAAACAAUUGAUAAACUAUUUUAAGUCAGCUGAUGCGUAGACAAUUAGAACAGUUUAUUUGGAAUAAAAUUAGUAAACAAUAAUCUCUGAAUAUUGGGGUAAAAAAAACUCUGAUAAAAGUUAUUUAAAUUUAUGUUAAGUUUUGUAACAGCCAGAAAGAACUGCGAAUAAUCCCUGGUUAUUUAAAAUUUGGUUCGGUGUUGUAAUAGCCAGAAAAAAUUACAAUUGAGAUAUUCACAAAACAUAACAUAAGAUUAUUCAAAUAGUAAAUUCAUUUAAUAAAGAUGUUAGUCGGGAUUUUAUUAAUAAAAUUUGCAUUGACAAAAAACAAAAAAUUAAACUGAUACUGAGAAUGGUGAGAAAUGUUAUCUCGACAAAAUUUCCCCAUAGUGAGUUCAAGCCAAUUUUCUCAAUAUAUCUAGAUUUGUGAUAUUUACACCAUUUAGGGAUUCAUAUUACGUUUUAAAAUAUUGGUGUACAUGUAAGUUAAAUAAUAAUUUUAAUAAACAGUUUAUAUUUAUUUUGGUAUCUUUAUAAUGAUUAUCAAAUUUAAUUUGUGAUAGUUUUUUUUGUCUUUUAGAACGCUGUGGCCUUUGGGGAUAUAUUGAUUUAUCUUGCUAUCCUAUGAUAACUUUAUAAAUGUAUUUCAAUAUGUUAAUAUAUGUGCAAAGAAAAUAGAAGAGUUUUGUUGUUAAAAUAAUCUUUCCUUAUUGUCUACGUAAUCAUCAGCUUGUAUUUUUAUGAAUAAAAUCACCUAUGAAAUAAA